UUCAAAAGUCAUUUUCAAACAAAAUGGCGUCGUUGUCGAGUCUUUUGCCUGCGCCCACGCAGCAGGUAUGGGAUCGUGAUGAUGAGAGGAAAGCAAAGCGUGUUGGCAGUGCCUUAGUAGUAUCACAAACUAGUGUUCCUCCAUAUGGACAGAGAAAAGGAUGGGUACCCAGAGCAGAGGAGGACUUUGGAGAUGGAGGAGCCUUCCCAGAGAUUCAUGUGGCUCAAUACCCCCUGGGCAUGGGUGCCCGGGGCAAGGAGAGCACAUCCAAUGCAUUAGCGGUGCAAUUAGAUGAAUCUGGACGAGUUAAAUACUCCGCCAUUGCUAGACAAGGCCACAGUGCUGAUAAGAUAAUAUACUCCAAAUUAACAGACUUGUUGCCUUCGGAAGUACUGGCUGAAGAUGACCCAACACUACAGAAACCAGAUGAUGAAGACAUACAGGAUAUCACAGAGAAGACAAAGCUAGCUUUAGAAAAAUUGACCAAUGCUAAAAUAUCUGCCGCUAUGCCUGUUAAAGCUGCUCCUAAAGCUGCUCCGGCACAAUACAUCAGAUACACACCGGCACAGCAAGGGGGACAGUUCAACUCCGGCGCUAAGCAGAGAGUUAUCAGAAUGGUAGAAGCCCAAUCGGACCCGAUGGAGCCGCCUCGCUUCCAGAUAAACAAGAAGAUACCUCGCGCGGCGCCUUCGCCCCCAGCCCCUGUAUUACACUCGCCUCCGCGACGUGUGUCUGUCAAACAACAGAGGGAUUGGAAGGUACCGCCUUGUGUCUCCCACUGGAAGAACGCUAAAGGAUACACAAUACCACUGGAUAAGCGUUUAGCAGCGGACGGCAGAGGGUUACAACAAGUACACAUCAAUGAAAACUUCUCAAAAUUAGCCGAGGCGCUUUACAUCGCUGACAGGAAGGCGCGAGAGGCUGUUGAAGCGCGUGCGCAGCUCGAAAGGAGAUUAGCACAGAGAGAGAAGGAGAAGAAAGAAGAACAUCUCAGAAUGUUGGCUCAAAGGGCCAGGGAUCAUAGAGCUGGUAUCCGAGCUCCUGAUGAGGACCCGGAGAGUAAUGAGGUGGAUGAGAGCGGGCUGACGGCUGCCGAGAGAGACAAGCUGAGGGCUGACAGACACAAGGAGAGGCAGAGGGACAGGAAUCUAGCCAGGGCAGCACCCGAUAAGAGAUCGAAACUAGUGAAGGACAGGGAACGUGAUAUUUCCGAACAGAUCGCUCUCGGUCUGCCCGCGAAGUCGAACCAGGGCGGCGAGGCUAUGUUCGACCAGAGAUUGUUCAAUAAUAGCAAAGGAAUGGACAGUGGUUACGGUGACGAUGAAGCAUACAAUGUUUACGACAAACCGUGGCGCAACCAGGAUAACGUCGGCGCCCACAUCUACAGGCCCUCUAGGAACGCUGACAAAGAUAACUACGGAGGAGACAUUGAUGCUAUUGUUAAUACACGCAGAUUCGUGGCAGACAAAGAGUUUGCUGGUACGAGUAGUAGCAACACUAGAGCCGGACCUGUGCAGUUCGAGAAGGACGCCCCCUCCAGUAGAGAUGAACCUCCACAGCGCAGUAACCAGCCGGACGCAGACUUCGAUCCGUUCGGUCUGGAUCGGUUCUUGAGUGAAGCCAAGCGAGCCGACAAAUCGGGCCGCAAGCGCGACCAUCACGACCGACACGAUCAACACGGGAAAAAGAGAAGGGAUUAAUUGUACGGACAGUGUAUAUAAGCAUCAACACGCUAGAUUUUCAAAUAGCAAUAAGACUAUGAAUGUUUUUGUACUGUACAGAACAUUCUAUUUGCAAGUUUUAUCCACGUAACUUGAUUAGGUGUGGUCGUGUUUUAAGAAGUUGUAGCUUUGUGUUUAAAAGGAACGCACAAAUUCAAGUAAUUGUCAAUUAAGUAUCUUAAAUAGCGACCUGACCCGACUCCGCACGGGUGUAAUGCUGAUACUAAAUUUCUCCACUAGUUAAUGGAUGUUAUUAUAACAUAUAAACAUUCCUCUUUAAUCACUUUGUCUGUUAAAAAACUGCAUCGAAAUGCGUUGCUUAGUUUUAACGCAUCCAGUGCACCCGACGCGUAUGUGUAUACAUUAAUGUAUAGAACACACAGGUGCGUCGAGGGCACACAGAGUAGCGUAAGGAAACGCACAUACGCGUCGGGGGCACUGGAUGUGUUAAAGAUGUAAGCCUAAUGUAAGAUAGGGCCAGAGAAACCGACUUUGUUUUAUACUUUGAUGACUCUCAUGAAUAUGACAGUAGUCAAAGAAGUAUGUAAACUGUAUACCACCAUGAAAUUAAGGUGAAACAUAUUUUUU